AUGAAAAUGCACUUCUGUAUCCCGGUGUCCCAGCAGCGGCCCGACUUGCUGGGGGGCCGCUACACGCUGUACUCCGUGUACCUGGACGGGUUCCUCUUCUGCAGGGUGCGCUACAGCCAGCUAUACCGUUGGAACGAACAGCUGAGACGGGUCUUUGGAAAUUGCCUGCCUCCCUUUCCACCAAAGUAUUAUCUUGCGAUGACCACAUCUAUGGCUGAUGAGAGGAGGGACCAGUUGGAACAAUAUUUGCAAAAUGUAACUGUGGACCCAAACAUGUUGCGAAGUGAUGUCUUCGUUGAUUUUUUAAAACUGGUACAGCUGGGCACGUUCAGCAUCACUACCAAGAAAGCCCUUCUGGACAUCUUUCUGCCUGAUGGAAGGAGCGUGCAAGUCGAAAUCCUAACAUCAGACACUGCCGAAAGAGUCCUAGAGGUGGUGUCACACAAAAUCGGACUGUGUCGGGAGCUCUUGGGCUACUUCGGCCUAUUUCUCAUUCGGUUCUGCAAAGAGGACACGCUCUCCGUCAUGAAAAAAUUAGUGGACUUUGAACUCCCUUACGUGAGUCUCCGGAGUUCCGAAGCAGAAACCUGCAAGGUCGGACUGAGGAAGUGGUACAUGGAUCCGUCCCUUGACUCCAUGAUGAUGGACUGCAGAGCCGCUGUAAAUUUGAUCUAUAUGCAGGCAAUCCAGGACAUUCGAAAAGAAUGGGCCAAACCCACACCGGCACAGAGGCAGAAAUUAGAGGCUCUCCAGAAAGAAGACGACCAAACAAAGUUUUUGGAGCUGUCCCGGGAGGUGCGGCACUAUGGAUACGUGCAGCUGGAUCCUUGUACCUGUGACUACCCGGAACCGGGUUGCGGGGCUGUUCUUUCUGUUGGCAAUAACGAGAUCAGCUGCUGUGUAACCCUGCCUGACAACCAGACCCAGGACGUCACCUUCCAGAUGAACAGAGUGAAGUGCUGGCAGGUCACCUUCCUUGGGACUCUGCUGGAUAUGGAUGGGCCCCAGCGAACUCUCAACCAGAACCUGGAGCUCAGAUUUCAGUACAGCGAGGAUAGUCGCUGGCAGUGGUUUGUUAUUUACACCAAACAGGCUUUUUUGCUGAGUAGCUGCUUGAAAAAAAUGAUCUCAGAAAAGAGGGUAAAGCUAGCUGCAGAGAAUCCAGAAAUGGCUGUGCUGACUGACAUUUUACUAAUCUCUUUAGCAGAUUGAAGUUCCGGAACAAGGCAAAAGUAAAAAAUAC